CCGUUCUACUAUUUUUAAAAAACAAAAAAAAAGAAAAAAAGAAAAAGAAAAAGCCCCUGUUCAAAUAUUACAAGGAUUGAAUUGGAAGGUGUGAAAGUGGGAAAUGCCAAACCUGAACCUAUCUCUUCCAUCUUCUCUCAACACACCACAAACCCAUCAUCAUCUUCUUCACAACCCUUCCUUAUCAUCAUCAAAUGCUCACAACUUCAACCACAGUUUCACCUUCCCACAGCUCCACAAAGCCAUCAAUGAACUCACCACCACCCCUCACAACCCCACCUCCUCCCUUCUCCUCCUCAAAGCCUGCAUCAGGUCCAGCAACUUCACCCUCGGAAAACUCCUCCACCGCAAGCUCACCGAGUCACAACUCAACCUCGACUCGCUCCUUCUCAACUCACUCAUCAGCCUCUACUCAAAAUGCGGCGACAUCACCACCGCGCGCUCCAUUUUCCAAACCAUGGGCAGCAAGCGAGACCUGGUUUCUUGGUGUUCCAUGAUGUCCUGUUUCGCCAACAACAGCAUGGAACAUGAAGCUCUUGUCACGUUUCUCGACAUGCUCGAACAUGGGUUUUACCCGAAUGAGUAUUGCUUUACGGCGGCGUUGAGAGCUUGUUCGAAUUCCCUGUAUUUUUCUGUGGGGCGUGUUGUAUUUGGGUCUGUGUUGAAGACUGGGUAUUUUGAUUCUCAUGUUUCUGUUGGGUGUGAAUUGAUUGAUAUGUUUGUGAAGGGUUGCGGCGACAUUGAAUCUGCACAUAGAGUGUUUGAGAAAAUGCAGGAGAGAAAUGUGGUUACUUGGAACUUGAUGAUGACUAGGUUUGCACAAAUGGGUUACCCUGAGGAUUCAAUUGAUUUGUUCUUCAGGAUGUUGCUAAGUGGGUAUACACCUGAUAGGUUUACUCUAACUAGUGCGUUGACUGCUUGUGCUGAGUUGGAAUUGUUAUCAGUUGGGAAGCAAUUGCAUUCUUGGGUUAUCAGGUCUGGGUUGGCUUUGGAUUUGUGUGUGGGUUGUAGUUUGGUGGACAUGUAUGCAAAAUGUGCAGUGGACGGAUCAUUAGUAGAUUCUAGGAGGGUUUUUAAUAGCAUGCCAGAGCAUAAUGUCGUGUCUUGGACUGCACUCAUCGCCGGAUACGUGCGAGGUAGUGGACAAGAACAGGAAGCUAUGAGAUUGUUCUGUGACAUGCUUCAGGGUAAUGUUGCACCGAAUGGUUUCACAUUCUCCAGCGUCCUCAAGGCUUGUGCGAAUCUCCCGGAUUUCGGCUUUGGCGAACAACUUCACAGCCAAACUAUCAAACUAGGCCUUUCUGCUGUUAAUUGUGUAGCGAAUUCUCUUAUUAACAUGUAUGCAAGAUCUGGAAGAUUGGAAUGUGCUCGCAAAUGUUUUGAUCUAUUGUUUGAGAAGAGUUUGGUUUCGUGUGAAACGAUUGUUGAUGUGAUUGUGAGAGAUUUGAAUUCUGAUGAAACCCUGAACCAUGAAACUGAACACACCACUGGUAUUGGAGCUUGUUCGUUUACUUAUGCAUGCCUCUUAAGUGGUGCUGCUUGUAUCGGCACAAUUGGUAAGGGUGAACAGAUCCAUGCCCUAGUAGUGAAGUCUGGGUUUGAGACCAACCUAUCCAUUAAUAAUGCCCUGAUCUCUAUGUAUUCCAAGUGUGGAAACAAGGAAGCUGCUUUACAGGUCUUCAAUGACAUGGGGGAUCGCAAUGUAAUAACUUGGACCUCUAUUAUAAGUGGUUUUGCAAAACAUGGAUAUGCUACAAAAGCAUUAGAGUUAUUCUAUGAAAUGCUUGAAACAGGUGUAAAGCCUAAUGAUGUCACAUAUAUUGCAGUUUUGUCAGCCUGUAGUCAUGUUGGUUUGAUCGAUGAGGGAUGGAAGCACUUCAAUUCCAUGCGUCAUUGCCAUGGCGUUGUUCCAAGGAUGGAGCAUUAUGCAUGUAUGGUUGAUGUACUUGGUCGGUCUGGAUUGCUUUCAGAAGCCAUUGAAUUUAUUAACUCAAUGCCUCUCGACGCUGAUGCAAUGGUGUGGCGGUCAUUACUCGGUUCUUGUCGAGUUCAUGGUAACACCGAGCUAGGGGAGCAUGCUGCAAAAAUGAUUCUUGAGCGGGAACCUCAUGAUCCAGCUACCUAUAUAUUAUUGUCAAACUUAUAUGCAACAGAAGAACGGUGGGAUGAUGUGGCAGCCAUUAGAAAAACCAUGAAACAGAAAAAGAUAAUAAAAGAAGCUGGUUAUAGCUGGAUUGAAGUUGAAAACCAGGUGCACAAAUUCCAUGUAGGGGAUACAUCACACCCUCAAGCUCAAAAAAUAUAUGACGAACUCGAUGAAUUGGCUUCAAAAAUAAAGAAAUUGGGUUAUGUCCCAAAUACAGAUUUUGUUCUUCAUGAUGUGGAGGAUGAACAGAAGGAACAAUAUCUAUUUCAACACAGUGAGAAAAUUGCAGUGGCAUUUGCUCUUAUUAGUAUCCCCAACCCAAAACCGAUAAGGAUAUUUAAGAAUCUUCGGGUUUGUGGGGACUGCCAUACAGCAAUAAAGUAUAUAUCGAAGGUCACCGGAAGAGUGAUUGUGGUGAGAGAUGCAAAUCGGUUUCAUCAUAUCAAGGAUGGGACAUGCUCUUGCAAUGAUUAUUGGUAAUCCAUUGAAGUUUAGACUUCUAAGCCCCAGUUACUGUAAAUUUUGAUGAGCUAUUUCCUUUUGCAAGAGUUAGAUACAUUCUUUCUGCUCAGACUACAAAGGUUGUGAAGGUGGAAACUGUUGAAUAUUGAAGCUCUAUGCUGAUCUAUAUGCCUUUGUUCUCUUGUAUAGUUUUCCACGGAGGUUAUACCACUUAUUGUGCUCGAGUAGCAAUUUGAGUUGUACUAUUUGUAAAGCCUAGAGAAAGAAAGUGUAUGUAUGUUAAUAUAUAUGUUUCAUAAAAGUGAUUCAGACUGGGCCUCAAAUUUGUUUUUUCAUUUUUCAUUUAUUUACAUACUAAAUUAAAUUUUCACUUAUGCUCA